UUUCAUAUAUAAUCUUCUUUCUCUCUCUCUCUAAAACUGUCUAUUUUCUCUCUCUAGAGAUGGGGAAGAUGAGCAGUGAGAAAAAUCCAUUAUCAGAAGGAGAAAUGGAGGCUUUGACUGCACUGUGCGACACGUUGCUGCCAGCCGUUGAUUUUCCUGACGAUCAUCGCCAGCCGUUGGAUCAAUCUGUUCUUCAGUUUUAUCAAACCUCUGCUUCCAUGGCGAAAACUCCGCGCCACGUUGGUGUCCUUCUAUACGGAAAAAUAAAGCACCCAAAAAUGUUUAUGGCGAAGAUAGCAAUAUGGUUGUUAUCGACAAGGUUAGGAACACUCAUCCUAUGCGGAAGGAAAACCCUAUCUACUAAAUUCCCAUUUCUUCUGAGGUUUUCUCAACUUAGUUUCGAAAAAAGACAACAAAUUAUGUUGUCUUGGAGCAACAGCCAUUUCUUUCUCUCCAACCUUUUCUUCACUUCCAUCAAAAUCUUCACUCUCUUCACAUUUUUCACACAGGUGAAUGAUAGAAACGAGAACCCUUCAUGGAAAGCCAUGGGCUAUUGUGGGCCAGAUCCGAUCCGAAGCCCAAACAAGAGAAGCACACAAAAACAACAAGAAAACGAUGGUUCAAACAAAGAAGAUCAUCCCUUCGGGCCACUUCACAAAGGCAUCAUUAAUUUCCACAAAACAUCAAAACAAAUGGCCUUUCAAAAGCUCCAAAUGUCGGGCUUUCAUGUCUCGAUACCGUGUUCCUCAGACAUUGGAAUCGGGCCCUUCAAACCGUCCUUCAUCGUCAAUUGUGACGCCGUUGUGGUCGGGUCGGGCUCCGGUGGCGGGCUCAUGGCGGGCCUCCUAGCUAAAGCCGGUCACAAAGUCGUAGUUCUGGAAAAGGGAGAUUACUUCGCGAGAAGUAACCUCUCGCUCAUUGAAGGUGAAGCAAUGGAUCGAAUGUACCUCGAGCAUGGCAUGCUCGCGACACAAAACAUGAAUGCCUUCAUCCUCGCGGGGUCCACCGUCGGCGGAGGGUCGACCAUAAAUUGGUCGGCCUCGAUCCGUACUCCGCGACACGUGACAAAAGAGUGGCACGAGAAACACGGGUUGGAAUUGUUCGGGAGUAAGGAAUACGAAGAAGCUCUAGACAUCGUGUGCGACAGAAUGGGAGUUCAAACGGGGUUCGAACACGAGGGAUUCAACAACAUGGUUUUAAGAAAAGGAUGCGAGAAUCUGGGCUACCCCGUCGAGGACAUCCCACGGAACGCAUCUCCCGACCACUAUUGUGGUUGGUGCGGCCUAGGAUGUAAGGACGGGGCCAAAAAAGGCACGGCCGAGACAUGGUUAGUCGAUAUGGCGGAGUCGGGGAACGGCGCUGUUCUCCCAAGAUGUGAAGCGAUUCAGGUAAUAACUCACGACACUGUUCACGGUCGAAAACGGGCCGUCGGAGUUGUUUUCGAAUUCCAGGGCCCCGAAGGGAAAGAAAUCGGAAUUGUUCAUGCAAAAGUAAUUGUCGCCGCAUGUGGUGCCAUUUGCACGCCGGAAUUGUUAAAACGGAGCGGGUUAAGAAACCCUAAUAUCGGCCGGAACUUACAUUUACACCCGGUCGUGGUAGCGUGGGGACAUUUCCCGGAAACGGCAAAACCGUGGCCGGAGACGGCGAAAAGAAGCUACGAAGGAGGGAUUAUGACGGCCAUGUCGUCGGUGGCGGCGAAUUGGGAUAAAUCAGGAUACGGCGCAAUUAUCCAAACUCCGUCGGUCCAUCCCGGAUUAUACUCUAUUCUAACUCCCUGGCAUUCAGCCAAGGACUUUAGAGCAAGAAUGCUUAACUUUUCUCGAAUUGCGCACGUCUUUGCCUUAGCUCGAGAUACAAGCUCGGGAACCGUGACAUCCGAGCACGACAUAAAUUACACGCUAAACGAUUUAGAUAUUGAUAAUUUAAGCCAAGGGGUCGAAAAAGCACUGAGGAUACUCGCGGCCGCGGGGGCCGACGAGAUCGGGACGUAUAAUAAGAACGGGAAGACGAUUAAAGUGAACGAGUCGAGUCGGAGUCGGGACGAGUUCGAGAGUUUCGUGAAGGAGGAGAGUUCGAGGCCGAUUACGGGAUUGUCGACACCGAUCGGGUCGGCCCACCAAAUGGGGAGUUGCCGGAUGGGGGUGGGUCCCGAUCGGUCGGCGGUGGGCCCCACGGGGGAGACGUGGGAGGUCGAGGGACUAUUUGUGACGGACACGAGCGUUUUUCCGACGGCGUUGGGGGUGAAUCCGAUGGUCACUGUUCAGGCCAUUGCUUAUUGCAUUGGGCAAUCGGUUCUUGAAGUUCUUGCAAAAAAAUGAUCUUUUGAUUUGUGAUCGAUGUUGCAAUAAGGUUGAUGUCGAAUUGUGUGUUAUGUAUAUGUGGUUUUCGAAUGUUUAGAUUUUAGAAUUAUGCUACUAAAUGAUGGAAGAAAUCUAUGGUUUUGAUUCAAAUUCUUUGUU